AUGACUGUGCUGCCCGACUGGAUGUUUUACUGGGUAUGGAGUUCGUUAGAUGUGAUAAAGCCAGGCAGUGAAGCUGAUUUUAGCUCUUCGGGCAGCACAGGCAGUAUUUCAGUGCCUGAAGUCCAUCUGUCUGCUGCUGGAAGCAAGAAAUCUUCUUUCUCUCGCAAUCGUGGCCCUUAUGGUCGGAAUAAUGGAUCCUUGUCCUACAAGCCUGGAGCCAGCCCACUUGCUACCCGUGAAAAGGACCCUUUGCCAACACUGUGCAAAAACCAGCUGAGUCCUCCUAAGAUCCAUCAGAGUUACAGGGCUUCUUCAGUCAGCAGCAGCAGCAACUCAGGCUCAUACAAAGGAAGCGACAGCAGCCCAGUGAUGAGGCGAUCAGGAAGGUACAAUAAUUCUUGUGGUGACAAUUACAACGGUAAGCCACAAAAUCCAGAGCAGUAUUUGACACCUCUGCAGCAGAAAGAAGUCACAGUACGGCAUUUGAAAACCAAGCUGAAGGAAUCUGAGAGCAAACUCAAAGAAAGGGAAACAGAAGUAGAAGAGCUCAAAGCUCAGCUGGGACGGAUGAGGGAAGACUGGAUUGAAGAAGAGUGUAAUCGUGUGGAGGCAGAGCUGGCCUUAAAGGAAGCAAAAAGUGAAAUUAAACAACUUAAGGAGGUUAUUGAAACCAUGAAAAACAGCAUGGCUGAGAAAGACAAAAAAAUGCAGAAAUAUUUCCUCGACAUAAACAUUCAAAACAAGAAACUGGAAUCUUUGCUGCAGAGCAUGGAGAUGGCUCAGCACAGGUCUGUGCAGGAUGAGCAGUGCCUGGAGUACACAUGUGACUUGGAAGGGAAGCCAUUAGCAUUGUGUGCCAUGAUACCAGACAGCCUCAUCACUGAGGAGCAAGCUCUGGAGGAGGUGGCAGACAGUGGACUGCUUCUUAAUGAGGACACAGCUGAUGAGACUGAUUCAUGUAAAGAGAGUUUGACCACCAGAACCUUUGUGUUGAGUGAUCCAGCUCCCUCCAAUUCUGCUGUGAAUGAAGAGAUGCUUGAAAAUGUUCUGGAUGAAAAACUAGCUUCCCCCCAGGAGGAGGAGAAAAGCAUCAACGUCAUGGUGGAAAAGGCCAUCCAGACUGAUGUGGUGCCAUAUAGCCUGGAUGUGGAGCAGUUCUUCCAGAGCAUCUUCAGUGCUCAAGAUAGCUAUCCUCUAAGCCCACCUUCUUCACUGAAGGAGUUGGAUGAAUUUUCUCUUGGAAGCUUCACCGAUUCUGCUAUUGCAGUGGAUUUAACUCCGAGCGAUCCCAACUCUGCCAUCCUUUUGUCUCCCAUGGAGUCUCCAUGCAGAUUGGUGGAACGCGGAGUUAAUGAAAACCAUUUCAUGAAAGAACUUGAUUUUAUAGACCCUCAGGAUGAUAAAACCUUUGGGUAUGUCCAUACUUCCUCUCAGAUAGACACCAAGAGGAGUUACUGGAGCAGCAGUCUCCUCGCAGAUGUUCUAGCUCUAGCAGUCCCUGUUAUACCAACUGUCGUGUGGGCUUUCAGUACCCACAGAGGAGGCACAGAACCCAUUUACAACAUCAGCACAUUGCUUCGUGGCUGCUGCCUGGUGGCCCUGUACUCCUUACGCCAUACACCCUUCAAUACCAAAAUUUAA